UUGGGCAGUGGCGGGGUGUGCGAUUGAAGAAUAACUUAGCUUUCAUAAUAAACGGUGCAACGGAGGCUUACCUAGCAUUCCUACCUGAGUGCUUCUUGCCAAGGCCUCUCCCCGUCCCCUUUUAAAUCCUCAACAAUAAAACAAAAAUUGUGUGCGUACCUGUGGAGGCCAGAAGACCACCUCAGGUGCCAUCCUCAGGCCGUCCGUCCGUCUACCCCUCACCAGCUCAGCUCCAUGGGCCAGCUGUUCACAGCUUCGGGAGAUCCCUGUCUCCCCAGGACAGGUAUUGUAAAAAUGUGACACCACGCCCCACAUUUUUAUGUAGGUUCUGUGGGAUCAAACGCAGGUCGUCACCAUGUUUACAAGCAAAUGUGGAUGAUGAGUGCUGGAAACUGCAACCGUGGAACUCUGUGCAUAGCUCGCCGGUAGCCCUGCAGUCCACACGUCUUUUUCCGUGGUUUGGCAGUGUUCGAUCCAAAAGGAUUAUACGCUUGUUAUCCUUGUGUUCAGUCAAGAAAUAAAAUCUCUAAGGUGUGGACAUCUGGAUCUCCCAGCACCAUUUCUUGACAAGGCUGUCUUUCCCCUCUGGAGUGGUUUUGACACUUGUGACAGAUCUGCCUGCUGCUGCUGUGUGGGCUUACUUCUGGCUCCUGUGGGCUGACCUAUUGGUGUACAUGUAUGUUUUUUGUGCCAGGCCUGUGAUUUGAUCAGACAUCGUUAUCUGUAAUGAAGAUCACGGUAGAAGAGAAGAUACGGCAAGGCCUUCGUGUACCACUGGAUCUGGAUUAGAGAUUUUUUAAAAAGAAAGUUAAAAUUGUUUACUUUUGUUUAGUGUUCCAAUUCAUAAUAUUUAUUUAUUUAUUUUUGGUAUUUGGGACUGAAUAUAGGACUUCAUGAAUGUUAGAUAUACACUCGGUCCCUGAAGUCUAUACCCAUAUUCCUUUCUCUAAGUAUACUAAAAGUAGAAAUUAAAAUUAAAAUUCAGUGCUAAGUCACAGGAUAAAAUAUUAUUCAUUCUGGAAUUUCCCCCCUGCCUAUUUUUGUAUCUGAAAAAGAGUAGCUAACCAAGAGCCUUAGUCAUUCAUAAUGAAAUACACCAAAUGCAACUUUGCGAUGUCGGUUUUUGGCAUUAUGAUCUAUGUGACUGACUUGGUUGCGGACAUCCUCCUAUCUGCUAGGUAUUUCCAUGAUGGACAAUAUGUGUUUGGUGUUUUAACUUUAAGUUUCGUGCUUUGUGGAACACUCAUAGUCCAGUGUUUUAGCUACUCGUGGCUGAAGGAUGAUUUAAAGAAAGCAGGACAAGAAAGCGAGCGUUAUUUUCUUCUACUUCAUUGCUUGCAAGGAGGAGUUUUUACAAGGUAUUGGUUUGCCUUGAGAAAGGGUUACCAUGUGGUUUUCAAACACAGCAGCAGAACGAGGAGUUUUAUGGAGGGACAAACGGAUCCUCACAAAGAGGCCAUAGACGCAGCCACUGACUUGAGCAUGCUCAGGCUGUUUGAAACCUACCUGGAAGGCUGCCCACAGCUCAUUCUUCAGCUCUACGCCUUUCUGGAGCGCGGCCAGGCAAACUUAAGUCAGUAUGCAGUCAUCAUGAUUUCCUGCUGUGCUAUUUCUUGGUCAACAGUUGAUUAUCAAGUAGCUUUAAGAAAAUCAUUGCCUGAUAAAAAUCUGCUUGGUGGACUCUGCCCCAAACUCACAUAUCUCUUUUAUAAGUUGUUUACCUUGUUAUCAUGGGCGCUGAGUGUUGUGCUUCUGCUGUUUAUGGACGUGAAGGUGGCUUUGUUUCUGUUGUUAUUUCUUUGGCUCAUGGGUUUCAUCUGGGCAUGUAUACAGCAAACACAGUUUUGUAAUUCUCUAAGUAUGGAAUUCUUAUAUAGGAUUGUUGUUGGAUUCAUCCUUGUGUUUACAUUUUUUAAUAUUAAGGGACAGAAUACCAAAUGUCCAAUGUCUUGCUAUUAUAUUGUAAGGGUGCUAGGCACUCUGGGAAUCUUGACUGUGUUCUGGGCUUUUCCUCUCUCUAUUUUUAAUUCAGACUAUUUCAUUCCUAUUAGUGCUACCAUAGUUCUUGCUCUUCUCCUUGGGAUUAUUUUUCUUACUGUUUAUUAUGGAAUUUUUCACCCAAACAGAAAUGCAGAAACACAGUACGAUGAAACUGAUGGAAACUCAGCACAGAGAGAUUGUAGAAUGAGAUAUUUUCUAAUGCACUAAGUUAUGAAUUUAUGAGAAAUGUUUUAUUUUUGUUUCAUCACCUAGUAAAGAAAAUGUUAUAUGCA